AACGUGCAUUCCUAAAUAAAAAAAAUCUCUUUAUAAAACAUUACUGAGUGAUAGCUUAUUAAUAAAUUUAUCAUAAUAUAUCAGAAUUAAUUUCAAUAGAUAAUAUAUUGAUUAACUUUAAGUAUAUAAAUAGUUUUAUAUUCGAUACUAAAAUCAAGUAAUGAAAUAGUUUCCAAUGAUUCAGAAAAGUUUUUUAUUGAGUGCAGUAGAAAGAAGAAGAAAAUGCAAUGACACCAGCUGGUAAUAUAACUGAAGACCUUUGCAAUAUAUGUGAUGGUAGAAUAGAAUGUGCUCCAACCGCCAUACUUCUUAUUUCCCUGGUUCAUACGCUAUUUGGCCAUAUUGGACCUGAACCAGAUUAUUUUGGAAAAAACAAACAAGAGCUACUCAAGUCUGAAUACAAAACUAAAGCAGAAGGGUAUCUUAGACAUAAAGUAAGUUCUAGAUAUAGAUAUCUAGAAGAACACAGCAGAGACAGUGAAGAUUUUGAAACGGAAUAUGACUUUAUAGUUGUGGGUGGCGGGACAGCGGGGUGUGUCGUUGCUAGUCGGUUAUCAGAAAAUAGAAAAUGGAAGGUGUUACUCAUUGAAGCAGGCCCUGAAGAACCCAAAAUAGCCCUUAUUCCUGGACUCACAAGUGAAUUUAAAGGUUCAUCCCUAGAUUGGCAGUACAGCAUGAGGCCAAAAAGAGGCUUCUGUCAGAAUCGGAUCACAAAAGGUUGUGAGGUCGUGCAAGGUAGAGUUCUGGGGGGAACGUCCACAAUCAACGAUAUGGCGUACAUGAGAGGCAGCCCCGCGGAUUACGACGAAUGGGCUUUUAAUGGCAACGAAGGCUGGAGUUUUAGCCAAGUGCUACCUUACUUCAAGUAUUCAGAGGGAAAUUAUGAUAAGGAUAUAUCGAAAAAUAAAUUCUAUCACUCCACUCAAGGGCCGCUUGACGUUGGGCGAUAUCCGUACGUAGACGAUAAUGUUGACGUUUUGCUCAGCGCUCUCGAUGAACUUGGAUAUAACUAUACCGAUAUUAAUGGAAGAAAUCAACUUGGUUUCAUGAGGAUACAGACUUUAUCGUAUUUUGGAGAACGAGUCAGUGCUUACACAGCUUUUAUUGAACCAAUCAGAAAACUUAGAUCCAAUUUAGAUAUAGUGACGGAAGCUCUCGUAACUAAAAUAAUAUUAGAAGACAGAAGAGAUAUUCUUAGAGCUUUAGGUGCAGAAUUCAUUAAAAAUGGUACAAAAAUAAUCGUAAAAGCUUCUAAAGAAGUUAUCUUAAGUGCUGGUGCGAUAAAUUCACCAAAAGUAUUAAUGCAAUCUGGUAUAGGGCCAAAGGAAUACUUAGAGUACUUAGAUAUUAAGGUUUUCAACGACCUGCCUGUCGGUGGCAACUUUCAAGAUCAUGUAUCAGUAUGUUUGCCAGUCAUAAAACUUACUAGAACUGCGACAACAUCAAAGUUUACAGAAAAACUAAAAGAUAUUACAGCAUACUAUUCAAAAGGUAUCGGUCCUCUUUCAGCUAAUUUUCAAGUCGUUGCAUUUUUCGAAUCAAGUAUAUCGGAGAUACUUGGUACACCUGAUAUAGAAUUCAGGUUUCGAGGCCAUGAUUCAAAUAUGUAUUACGACAAAAUAGAUAUAUGUAUCUCACUUUUAACUCCUCAAAGCAGAGGACAAAUUGUCUUAAAUGCAACUGAUCCCACAUUUGGGACUCCAUUGAUUUAUCCCAAUUUUCUUAAAGAUCCAACUGAUGAGAAGAAACUGUUGGAAGGAAUACAGGAAGUAGUAAAAUUAUUUGAUACAGAGGUAUUCAAAUCUGCUGAAUUUGAAUUUGAUCCGCGGCCAAUUUUAAACAACGAGUGUAGUGAGCAUGAACGUGUUUCUGAAGCAUUUUGGUCUUGCAUAAUUAGGCAGUUUUCUGCUCCUUUGCAUAAUUAUGCUGGGACAUGUAAAAUGGGGCCAUCUAAGGACCCUGAGGCAGUAGUUGAUAAUAGGUUAAGGGUUUACGGAGUAGUUAAUUUAAGAGUAGUUGAUGCUUCCAUAAUGCCAAAAGUAACUAGAGGCUCAACAGCAGCGCCUGUCAUAAUGAUAGCUGAAAAAGCAAGUAAUCUAAUAAAAACAACUUGGUACUAAUAAGUGUUUUAUUAUCUAACUGACUUAAAA